AUGUUCCUGAUGAUUGCUGACUUCCAAGAAACUGUCAUUGUCAAAAAGAAUACAUCUAGAGGGAUUAGGUUCAUUCCGAUUCAACGUGAUCUUGCCAUCGAAUGCAACAGAAUCUUCCCUGCCUCGUACAAUACGUACACUCUGGCAGAGAUAUUUUUCGCUCUGUCAGGCCCAGGCCUUCUUGGCCUCAAAAAGGGGAUCAGACAAGACAUAAAUGAACAGUUGAAGAUUGAGCUCAGUACCCCGGGACUUGCUGCCAGCCAGAAUGGUUACUUUAUGAAACUUUUAGAAUUGUUCCAGAGAGAAGUUUAUGUCUGGAUACUGAGUGGAGAACUUGUUGAUUCUCAUACUAAGGGUGCAAAGAAAAAGCUCGCAACAUUGGAGAUGGUGACCCCUUUUCCGGCAAAUGUUGGUGGUGGGAAUGACUGGUGGCGAAUGGAAGUGUCGAUUAAUUGUCACGGGCUGGAGAAAAUUCCCAAGAUUGGGUCUGCAUACGAACUUCUGCAAGUUGUUGAGAAGGUUGUUUGA